AUAUAGAAUUCACCUGAAGGCCCUCAAAUUUCCAGUCAGGUUAAUUGUACAUUGACCCCAACAUCUCUGGAAUGAAUCUGCAACUUACACGUUCCUGUUUAAAAGCUCCGCCAUUGUUGCCCUGCAAUCAGUCGCAAAAUGCGUAACAAGUUGUGAAGAAUCUGUUGGCGCAGGGACGUGCAACGUAAGCUAAUGAAAAGCUUCCCACGUUGGCCUGAACGGCUAAACUUUUGUCACGCAUCUCGAUACUCCUCUCCAUUAAAGCCCCAACAAACUUUCGUCGGAUUGCAGGUCUGUAGCUACCCAAAGUUUCCCUGUCAUUCACCAUGUCUUCUGAAGGGCAUGCGAAACGAAAAGCUGCAGAUGGAGCCAUGAGCGCCAUGACAAAGUUCCACUUCAUUUUGCUCAUUAUGUCGACCAAUUUGGCUACUCUGUUCCUGUUUACAUACCCAAACAAUGGGCCAUUCGGGCACGAGGAACUGAUAGCAAAUCUGAUCCAAACCAGGCAAGAACUAAUGAAAGUCCAGGCCCAGCUUCAAAUAUCGAGAAAACUCUCAGAGGCAAUCGUGAGCACAAAGGCACUCAAAUCCCAGGACCCCAACGACGACAUUGCAAAUGACCCGUGGGUACAUUGGGGAGGAGGAGCCAUGCCCAGGGAGCUCAUGGAAUUCAUUUCCCCAAAGAAGCUCCCACGGGGCUACACGCCCAACAUCGGAUCAGACACCAUUUAUCCCUCUGUGGGACAGGCCUGUGCAUUGUUGAAGGAUGAUCUCGACCAAUACAUGGACUAUAAGCCAGGGGAGCUCUGCCCUGAAGACGAAGUUCUGGCCCAGAAGCUCUUGCUCCGGGGCUGCGAGCCUCUCCCCCGCCGCCGCUGUAUUCCCCACACUUCCCCCAACUACAAAGAACCGUACCCAUUUCCUCAAAGUAUGUGGACCACUCCGCCCAAUUCCUCUGUGGUUUGGACUGCUUACACCUGUAAAGAUUAUGCCUGCCUCAUCGACCGGAAAAACCAUCCGGGUAUUGAGGACUGUAAGGACUGUUUCGAUCUGCAAUACAGGGAAAAGAGCCGCUGGCUCGGACCUGGUGGGUCCAUUGAUUUCACUGUCGACGAAGUUCUGGCCCUGAAAAAGGGCACAAUCCGCAUUGGCCUCGACAUUGGGGGCGGAACGGCGACCUUUGCAGUCCGGAUGCGCGAGCGGAAUGUGACAAUUGUGACCACAUCCAUGAAUUUCAAUGGGCCUUUCAACAAUUUCAUUGCUUCCAGAGGAGUCGUGCCGCUUUACAUCACCAUCACUCAGCGCUUGCCGUUUUUCGACAAUACUCUGGAUAUUGUUCAUUCCAUGCAUGUUCUUAGUAACUGGAUUCCUACCCGUUUGCUGGAAUUUAUACUGUAUGAUAUAUACAGGAUUUUGAGGCCCGGUGGGGUUUUCUGGCUUGAUCAUUUCUUUUGCACCGAGAAGGAGACUGAGAUCUAUGUGCCCAUGAUUGCGAAUCUGGGUUUUAGGAAGCUUAAGUGGUCUGUUGGUAGUAAGAAUGACAGAGGCGCUAAAGAGGUUUACAUCUCUGCUCUCCUCGAGAAGCCUCUUCAGAGAGAUUGAGUGGAAGGAACAGAAAAAAGAAUUGGUCGAAUGAAUAACUGUAGUUCAAAUUGUCUUUCUGUUGUUUAAAUCUUGGGGGUUUUAGGAAUUGAAGGUUUAUUCUGGAAAGUAGUUCAGAUUUGGAUUUGUUGAUUUUCUUUGCGAAACAGAGAUAAUCUAUGCUUGUUGUCAACUGUGGAGCGUUCGGUUUCGCAAUUCGGGGAGUGAAUAUGAAUUUGAUAUCAUACAAUGGUGAAUUCACCCAUUAUGUAAUUCAAAUUGAUUAUUUUCGACGAA